AUGAAGCACUCAGGUGAAUUUCGCUGCGAUGUUCCAGGCUGCAAAGCCAGUUAUCGGCGGAAGGAGCACCUUAAUCGCCACCGAGAGCAGCACGUCCCGCGACGAUCGUUCCAAUGUCGGAUUUGCAGUCGUAUUUUCGGGAGGAAUGACACGCUCCGUCGUCAUGUCCGACAGAGCCACCAAGGGAGUGAGCCCGCACCACCGUUAAGGCAAGCUUGUGCGAAUUGCCGCGCCCUCAAAGCUCGGUGUGAAGGGGGCCCUCCCUGCAGCAGAUGCCAGCGUGGCGGUAUUUCCUGUUCAUUACAUGAUGAACUUGGACCUUCCGGGAAAGACUCCAGUCCACCGUUGGCCGACCAGCCCAGUCCGACUGGAAAGAUUCAACAAUUCCUCAAGCUGUACUUCGAAGUGUUCCACCCACAUUGGCCAUUCAUUCACCGAGGAUCAUUCAAUCCGAGAACGGAGGCUCCUUUGCUGGUACAGUCAAUGAUUGUCAUGGGUAUGAAAUUGCAGGACAAGUGGGAUGCCUCGGUUGCAGAGAACGCAUCAAGGAUCAGCUCCUGGCCAAUCCCAACGUACCAGGCUAUCCUCCUCCAUAUAAUCUUCACCUUAUUGCACAGAGACAACAUUUCUCUCGGUCUUGAUCUCAAACCGUCUCUAUCGGCCAGUAAGACCGCUCUUCUUGCCUCCUUGGUAGGCAGUUGCAGAAGACUAGGGGUGUUUCAUUACCCAAACAUUCUUGCGCGGUAUCAACCAGAUGAUCUCGUCACAUAUGUCUGGGUGAGCGUCGAAGAGGUCAAACGCUUUGGUGUAGCCCUAUACAAAGUUUGCAAGACUCUGAGCUCGGAUAGACGAAAUACUGACAUCAACACACAUACGGUGGAAUGCAGUAUUCCAGGGGGGACGAGCUGGCAGCUCACCGCAAGCGAGCUAGAAUUUCCAAUGCCCAAGUACGAUCCGGUUUGGGAUGCCGUCGGUGAAGGGGAGUGGAGGGCCGCCGUCAGCAAGGAUAUGGAAUGCAUUGACCUAAGCGAUACUAUGGAGUCGCAGUGGAUCUCAAGGAUGUCUGAGCUCCUGCAGCUUACCUGA